GGAAGGAAGAUAAUUCGGUUUCCUUGCAUUGCUACGGCAUCGCAGUAACUGGGAUAUAAAUAUACUGUUAUAAAUAAAUGAGAAUUUGACAGUUUUAAAAUUUGUGUAGUGUUCUGGGUGUGUUCCUUAAAAUAAAUACUGUAUAUCGUAUAAGAAAGUGUCCUCUACAUCAAAGUAAAAUUAAAAGUAAAGUAUUAAUUGCAAAUAAUUCAGAUUUCAAUUUGCAUUAGGAGAGAUAGAUUGAGAAAAAUGCUAAUUAAAGAAAGAAUUCAGACGGAAGAAAAAAAUUUGCCCAACAGAUUUUCUUUGCUCGCUGGGACUUAGAGAGGUUCAGGGUUCAAUUUUUAUUUCACAAAAAAAAAAGAUUUAAUAACAUACCCAUAUCACUUGAUGCUCAUUAAUUUCCACCAAUGGUUGAGAUCGACUGUCACUGCGGACGUGUGGCUAUUGGGCAACGGGUACACUGGAAAAUAGUUACAGAUCUGGUGGAAAUUAUAAUCUACGUUCAAAUCGUUCUGUGUGGUUUUUCAGUGUACAAAUCCAAAUUCCUGGGUGAUACCUAGAAUAUGAAUCACUUUCUGGGUAAACUGAUUCAUAUUCGAGGAAUCAACCAGUUUCUGGGCAAACUGAUUCAUUGCUGUAAGUAGAAUUGUGUGCUGUCUGUAUGCAGCAGUGAUUUCUCCACAGUAACAAUAUGUUUGUUGUUAAACUUACAGGAGGUCUAUGGUUGAUAACACUAUUAUUAGGUGAGAAUUAAAAAUUUCAAUCUCACUGUGUGGUAAAUUCUGGGAAGCAGUGUUAGAAUUUGGAGGAUCAAGAUUUAAUCCUGGAGGUUUGAAAGGUUAAUCCAUAUAAAUUAUAAUUGCUCUUGGUGUCCUAUAUGUCCUAAUGUCCUAUGCUAUUCCUUUUCAUUGAUUCUAAUACAGCUUCUUUGCAUUGCUGUUUUCAGGAGUCUCAGUAAAAUGAACAGAAACAGCAGUUGUAACAGUACAUUUUCAAAGGACUUGUUACCUCCUAUCUAUGGUGUGGAGAUGUGUGUGGCACUGGUGGGAAAUAUACUGGCGCUGUGGCUGCUUGUGACUAAGGAGAGAAAGAACUGGCACACAGGAGUAGUGUUCUCCUGCAACCUGAUCAUCAGUGACAUCUUUUACGCCCUCACACUCCCACUUCUCAUCGUCUACUAUUCAAGAGGACGGGUCUGGGGAUUUGGUAAUGCACUCUGCAAAAUAGAGCGCUUUUUAUUCACCUGUAACCUCUACGUCAGCAUUUACUUCAUCAUGUGCAUCAGUGUUAAUAGAUACCUGGCCAUCGUUCAUCCGUUUUUCACACGCACACACAUUCGUCCAAAACACACCAAGAUCAUCAGUGUGAUUGUCUGGAUAUUUGUUGCAAGCAUUUCAUCUCCAGUCCUCUACUAUUCAGGUCUGAAUAAGCACAGAUGUUCCUUAUUUGCAAAUUACAGAGAAAAACAUACCAAGACAACCUACAGAUUGUUUAUGGCUGUUACAGGCUGUUUGGUCCCAUUUGUUUUUACUUUUGCAUCAUAUAUUGGUGUUUUGUGGGUGGUUUUUAAAAAUGCAAAUAUCACCUUGUUAGAGAAGAGAAAAGUUGCCCUGAUUGUAGGUUUAGUCUGCAUCCUGUAUGCUGUGUCUUUUGUCCCCUUUCAUAUACUCCAAAUAUGGAGUUUUAAACUAAGGGAAGAAAAGAAGACUAAUUGUUAUGUGUAUAAUGGAUACCAAGUGUCAAAGGCAUUAGCCUGCCUGAACAUGUGCCUUCAUCCCAUCCUGUACAUGGCUGUGUUUGACAGUAUAAGAACACUGUGCUGCAGAAGGAGCUCAAAUGUAUCAAAUGAAAAAAUCACAGAUGGAGAACGCUUGUCGAAGGACCUUGAAUUGAAAUCCAGAGACUGAGACCACACAUUUUGUUUUGUGUUGAUUUGGGUGUAUGUUUGGAGUCAUUAUCUUGUUGAAUGUUCAAUGGUCAAAUCUUAACCUUCUGGAAGACAACCAGCUUGAGGGCUAAACUGCGACUAUAAGUCAGUAGAAUUCAGUUUAUUCAAGAAUUACACACUCAAUAAUCACAAUAUGUAAAACAAUCUCAAAAGUCAAUGUCGUACCUCUAUAUUUUAUUUUGCACAGAGUUUGGGGGAUUUUCCUCAGUUCUUGGUACUGUUGACAGUCAUGUUGAUGGCUUGCAUGGUCAAAAUGUAUAGAAUUUUUCAGAAAAAUAUUUCAAACUGUGUUUUAUUAUUUUUCCUAUUAUUAUGCCCAGGAAUGAUGUUUCCUAAUAACUGAAAGUAGUCUAAGUCAGGGUCUUAGAUUUUAAACGGGUAUGUGGGACGAUUAAAAGGCCAGAAUCCGAAGAGUGGUGAGCAGGAACAGGUGUGUAGGGGGCUAAAAUCUCAGUAAGGUAGUGAGGAGCCAAACCAUUCAAAGCUUUGUAUGUAAGCAUAAGAACAUUAAAAUCAACCUGAAAUCUGACAGGGAGCCAAUGUAAGGAUUCCAAGACUGGAGUGAUGUGAUCCCUUGUCCUGGUUCCAGUCAGCAUUCAGGUGGCUGAAUAUUGAACCAGCUGUAAUUUAUUUAUUUUUAAAUGAAUCAUAUAAUUAAGGUUUCCAGAGAAACAAGACAUUAAAUUUUAUCUAUACACACUUUUAAUGCAGUAAAUCUCGAAUCUCUACGUGAGCCCAUUCCAUCAGACACCCUGAGUUCAUAUCAGUGUUUCAUCCUCAUCAGGAGAUUUAAAAAAUGUUCAAAUCAGCAUUUUAUUUUGGACAAUGAUGUAUUUCUUGACUGAUAUCAUCAGAAUGUGUGUUUAUUUGAAAUCAUGUAGACUAAAAACCAGAAGAAAGCACGUGUAGCUGCGAAUCACGUGGCCGAGGAGAAGUUUUUUUAAGCUCUGUUAUUGGUAUAAGUGUGAUGGUUAAAAAAGUGAUGUCAAAUAAAGACUUUAAUUAAAGUGACUCUUCCUCUCACAGAGACUGGCACGACUUCCUAAAGGCCCCACUUUCCAUUUCCAGGUUACAAAGGUACACCGGCCCUCAUAGUAUUCAAAGCGUCUUUGUAAAUUUAAAGCCGUUCAGAUGCGAAUGAUUAACAUUUAGGGUGUUGACUGCAAAGUGAUUGUUCCAAAGUAAACGCACUGACGUGUCUGACGAUGACGGUGUUCACAGCGCAAUGAAUCUUCUUGUAAUGUAUUGUGUGUUUUAUUUAUUUUCUUCCUUCC